GAGAGGGUCGGACUCAACUGCACAUUUUUGACUUUAGGAGAAACUUGUUUGUCAAACAACAGCUACAAUGAGCUUUUACCUCUUUGUUUUUGCUUUGUUCCUCACUUCAUGUCAGAUUGGUAGGAAUGUAGCAAAUGCAGGGAUGUGUUGGCUGCAGCAGGGCCCGGAGCAGAGAUGUGACAUGGUGCUGAUGAGAGGAGUGACCCGGGAUGAGUGCUGCGCCGGGGGUCGUCUGGACACAGCCUGGUCCAACAGCAGCCUCCCCAUGAAUGAGAUCAGCCUCCUGGGCUUCCUCGGUAUCGUCUCCUGCAAACCCUGCAAAGAGAACUGUGAGGGAGUCAAAUGUGGCCCAGGGAAAGUUUGUAAAAUGAAGAUGGGCAGACCUCAGUGCCUGUGUGCCCCAGACUGCUCCCACCUGUCACUCAAACAUGCAGUGUGCGGCAGCGAUGGACGCACCUACAAGGACGAGUGUGUUCUGCUCAUGGCCCGCUGUAUGGGACACCCUGACCUGGAGGUCAUGUACCAGGGGGACUGCAAGAAGUCAUGCACCAAAGUGGUGUGCCCUGGGACCCACACGUGUGUGACAGACCAGACCAACAGUGCUCAUUGUGUCAUGUGCCGCACUGCCCCCUGCCCUAUUCCCAUGUCCACGGAGCAGCCCAUCUGCGGCAAUGACAACGUCACCUACCCCAGCGCCUGUCACCUGCGCCGGGCCACCUGCUUCAUGGGGCGCUCCAUAGGAGUCCGCCACUAUGGACACUGCAACAAUCCCCCGAGGAAAUCUCCAAACUAUAAUGGCAGCGAGGAAAAUGCAGUUUAGACAUGUCAGAAUCGUCCCGUGGGCUAUGCAACAGAAAUUUUAAGGAAGAACCACUUAUUGCCCCGUUUUUCCACAACAUGUGUAGAAAAAUAACAAUUAGGACCACUAAACACCAGUGGGAUAUUACGUGGGUAGAGGCAUGAAAGCCUUCGCUUUGACACCUUAAGAAAUGACUUUGAAAUGUGCAUAUUGUACAUAGGAUAACAGUAUACUAUUUAUUGGAGAGGGUUUGUAUUUAUCAUUUUGCUACCUAAAACGUUUAUAUAUAUAUAUACACUGUUUUUGGGAAAUCUGAUAUAAAACUGUAUUUAUUGUG